UCCCUCCAUCACUCUCCACCUCCUCCCUCUUCUCCUGCCUGGUGUUUUCUCGCCAUCUCAUCUCUCCAUUGGUGCACAUUCUCAGUCACUGACUGAAACAGCACAGAAAUUGAGGUGGCUUGUGGUCCGGAACAGGUUCACGGUAGAUUCCUAAAUAGGAUGUCCAUAGUGAGUAUUGUUGCCAGGGAGAUCCUGGACUCCAGAGGAAACCCCACUGUGGAAGUAGAUCUCCACACAGGCAAAGGUCUGUUCAGGGCUGCUGUGCCCAGCGGUGCGUCCACCGGCAUCUACGAGGCUCUGGAGCUCCGAGAUGGAGACAAGACUCGCUACAAGGGCAAAGGUGUAACAAAGGCUGUUGGUCACAUCAAUGACAGCCUUGGACCUGCCCUUGUCAAGUCGGGGGUCAGCGUGCUGGAGCAGGAGAAACUGGACAACUUGAUGAUUGAAAUGGACGGCACUGAUAACAAAUCUAAGUUCGGGGCCAAUGCUAUUCUGGGAGUAUCACUGGCCAUAUGCAAAGCUGGUGCUGCAGAGAAAGGUGUCCCCUUGUACCGCCACAUUGCUGAUCUGGCAGGGAACGGAGAGCUGGUCCUACCAGUUCCUGCAUUUAAUGUGAUCAACGGAGGAUCUCAUGCUGGUAACAGACUGGCUAUGCAGGAGUUCAUGGUACUUCCUGUAGGGGCCGAGUCUUUCCGUGAUGCUUUGCGUGUCGGGGCUGAGCUGUACCAGACUCUGAGAGGUGUGAUCAAAGAGAAGUACGGCCAGGAUGCUACAAAUGUGGGAGAUGAGGGAGGGUUUGCCCCAAAUAUACAGGAGAACAGUGAAGCCCUGGAGCUGAUAAAGACGGCCAUAGAGAAAGCAGGCUUCACAGACAAAGUGGUGAUUGGGAUGGAUGUUGCUGCCUCAGAGUUUUUCAUCGAGGGCAAGUACGACCUGGACUUCAAGUCUCCGCCCAACGCCGCCCGCAACAUCAGCGGUGAGGAGCUGGCCAGCAUCUACCAGGGCUUCAUCAACAACUACCCAGUUGUGUCUAUUGAGGAUCCUUUCGAUCAGGACGACUGGCCCGCUUGGUCCCAGUUCACAGCCUCAGUGGGCAUCCAGGUGGUUGGAGACGAUCUGACGGUCACUAACCCGCGCAGGAUACAACGAGCCGUGGAGGAUAAGGCCUGCAACUGCCUGCUGCUCAAAGUCAACCAGAUUGGCUCUGUCACAGAGGCCAUCAAGGCGUGUAAGCUGGCCCAGGAGAACGGCUGGGGUGUGAUGGUGAGCCAUCGCUCCGGAGAAACAGAGGACACUUUUAUAGCUGACCUGGUGGUUGGUCUCUGCACUGGACAGAUCAAGACUGGAGCUCCCUGUCGAUCAGAGCGUCUGGCCAAAUACAACCAGCUCAUGAGGAUCGAGGAAGAGUUGGGUGACCAGGCACGCUUUGCUGGGCACAACUUCCGUAACCCCAGUGCCCUCUGAGUGCCUGUGCUGAAGGCAGUGCAACACAAGAACUAAAAUUAAAUUAAAAUACAAAUCAUUAUAU